AUGGCGACAGCACUCACUUUGGAAACCGCAGGUAAAAUCCCCGCCAGUGAACCUUACUACGAUCUCGGUGAGUAUACAUGGCCUGUCUGCACCCAGGUUCACGACGCCCAAAUAUGGUUUGAUCGAGGCCUUUUAUGGGUCUAUUCGUUUAACCACCGAGAAUCGGCUGCUUGUUUCCGACAGGUCAUCUUACACGAUCCGGACUGCGCAAUGGGCUACUGGGGAGCCGCCUUCGCCACAGGUCCCAACUACAAUAAGGUCUGGCAGGCCUUUGAUCCCCAGGAUUUGAAAGAGUCUGUCGCGAAAUGCUACGACUGGUCCCGUAAAGCGAAGGAAUUAUCUGACAAAGCCUCAAUCGCGGAGCAGGCUAUCAUCGAAGCUCUGCAACAUCGCUUUCCAGCCAGAGAGCCACCCGGCGACUUCACCCCGUCCGUCCGAGCGUACGCCGACGCAAUGAGGGAGGCUAACCUCAAGCUUGGAGCCGGAAAUCUGGACAUUAUCACCCUGGCGGCGGAUGCUUUAAUGAACAUGGCACCGUGGAAGCUAUACGAGGCCGGGACUGGGGAGCCAAAUCUCGCCACACCAGUCCUGGAAGUCAAGACAAUUCUCGAAUCCGGUCUACAGCUCCCCAGAGCAGACCGCCAUCCGGGGAUCCUGCACAUGUACAUCCACUGUGUCGAGAUGUCGAAAACCCCCCAGUUAGCCCUGAGGACGGCAGAUAACCUCAGAAAACUUGUCCCGGACGGCGGACAUAUUACCCAUAUGUCGAGUCAUAUCGAUGUUCUCGUCGGAGAUUAUCGCCGAGCCAUGCAUACAAACAUCCAAGCAACCAUGGCGGAUGAUAGAUACUAUGCCCGUGAGGGCGGUAAAAACUUUUACACCUUUUAUCGCAUGCACAAUUACCAUUCGUUGAUCUACGGAGCCAUGAUGGCCGGAAACUCACGCGUGGCCCUGGAGGCGACGGAUCGCAUGGAGUCUACUCUCAGCGAUGACAUCCUCCUUAUCAACUCCCCUCCGAUGGCCGACUGGGUGGAAUUCUUCGCGUCGGUCCGCGUGCAUGUCCUCAUCAGGUUUGGAAUGUGGGACAGGUUGAAGAGACUUGCAUUGCCAGAAAACAAGCAGCUCUAUUGCGUUACCACGGCCAUGAUGCAUUAUGGCAAAGCGAUCGCCUGGGCUGCAACCAGAAAUGUCCAAAAUGCCGAUCGAGAACGAGAGCUUUUUCGCGACGCGGCCAAGCGUGUCCCAGUUACCCGAAUGGAUUUCCCGAACAAGGUCGUUGACGAACUUGAGGUUGCGACAGCCAUGUUGGACGGGGAAAUCGAGUACCGGCGUGGGAACUAUAAGGUGGCAUUCGAGAGCCUACAACUCGCCGUAGCGAAGGAUGACGCUUUGAUCUAUUCCGAGCCGUGGGGCUGGAUGCUGCCAACUCGCCAUCCGUACGCAGCCCUACUUCUAGAACAAGGUCAGGUUGCAGAAGCCGCACAGAUCUAUGCCGAGGACUUGGGACUGGACGAGAAGUUGGUGCGGGCGCAUCAACACCCUAACAAUAUCUGGGCGCUGAAAGGAUAUUACGAAUGCCUGCAGCGACUCGGUCGCACUGCAGAGGCCAACAUCAUUUUGUCGAACCUCAACAUCGCCGAGGCCGGAGCGGACAUGACGAUCCGGUCGUCUUGUUUCUGCAGGCUAGGUACAGCCCCAGGCCAAAGUUUGGCUGCUGCGUAG